UUGUCCCCUCGGUUCUUGGAAGGGGAAAUGGGUUCACGCCAGCCCCACAAUGCCAUCUCUGCUCUACCCUGUCUCUGCAUCACCCCAAUAUGCCAGUGACACACACAAUGCCACAGACCCUCCCCUGCUGCAGAACACUUUGGGAACAGCACAGGAGCAGUAUCGCACAGUGUCAAAUCACCUGUUUGCUCAAGUAAACUACUUUGAGAUGGGGCGACUACAUCUGCAUGCAGUGUUAUACUCCUACAAAGCGCACAGGAUCUUUAUAGAGGAAGGGUUUCCAGUUUCCAAAUCUGAUGUGAUCUCCCAACUGAAACAAUGGGAAGAGCUGUUGGUCCCAGACCUCCAGUGUUCAGAGGAAAGAGAGAUCCUGAGAGUUCUCUGCACAGGUGAUGCAAUGGCAUGUGAGAAAGAGGAGCAGAAUUCUCAGCAGGAAAAUGUUGAGCAAGUGGAUAAGCACAGAGCAUUAUUGCAAAGAUUGGAAAGGAAUGUGUCCAGGAGUCAUGAGCAGAGAAAAUCCCGUGAGAUUCCAGGAAGACCAGAAAGAGAGCAGGGAAAGCAGCCAGGGGAGAAAGUGGGAAGAUUUAUUUCCUGUCAGGAAACUCAGAAGGACCUCAAGGAAACCACAACACAGCAGGAAAUCCUCAUGGGAAAGAGAAAAAAUACAUGCACUGAGUGUGGAAAAAACUUAUGUGAUUACUCCAGCCUUAUAAAGCAUCAGAGAAUCCACACGGGAGAGCCCUAUGAAUGCAUUGAGUGUGGGAAAACCUUCAAACGCAGCUCAGCCCUUUCUGAACAUCAGAGAAUCCACACUGGGGAGAGGCCUUAUGAAUGCAGUGUGUGUGGGAAAAGCUUCACGAGCAGCUCAGGCCUUUCUAAACAUCAGAGAAUCCACACAGGAGCGAGGCCGUAUGAAUGCAGUGAGUGUGGGAAAACCUUCAAUUGCAGUUCGCACCUUAUUAGGCAUGAGAGAAUCCACACAGGGGUGAGGCCCUAUGAAUGUAGUGAGUGUGGAAAAUGCUCCACUAACAUCUCAGACCUUUCUAAACAUCAGAGAAUCCACACAGGAGAGAGGCCCUAUGAAUGCAGUGAGUGUGGGAAAAGCUUCACUAGCAGCUCAGGCCUUUCUGAACAUCAGAGAAUCCACACAGGGAAGAGGCCCUAUGAAUGCCGUGAGUGUGGGAACACCUUCAAUCGCAGUUCGCACCUUAUUAGACACCAGAAAAUCCACACAGGGGAGAGGCCCUAUCAAUGCAAUGAGUGUGGGAACACCUUCAAUCGCAGUUCGCACCUUAUUAGGCAUCAGGGAAUCCACACAGGGGAGAGGCCCUAUGAAUGCAGUGAGUGUGGGAAAAGCUUCACUGACAGCUCAGGCCUUGCUGAACACCAGGGAAUCCACACAGGGAAGAGGCCCUAUGAAUGCAGUGAGUGUGGGAAAAUUUUCACUUACAGAUCAGGCCUUUUUCUCCAUCAGAAAAUCCACACAGGAGAGAGGCCCUAUGAAUGCAGUGAGUGUGGGAAAACCUUCAAUCGCAGUUCACACCUUAUUAGGCAUGAGAGAAUCCACAGAGGGGAGAGGCCUUAUGAAUGCAGUGAGUGUGAGAAAAGCUUCACCAGCAGCUCAGGCCUUUCUAAACAUCAGAGAAUCCACCGGGAGAGGCUCUAUGAAUGCAGUGUGGGAAAACCUUCUCUUGACGUUUAGCCCAUGUUAGACAUCAGAAAAUCUGCAAGGGAGAUGAACAUCAUAAAAACCUCUAGGGCUAUCCAUACUUUUUUUUCUUUAAUAAUUUUCCUGAUUCCCACAUAGUAACUUUUAAAGUUUUUUUUAACUGUUUGCUGCACUGUUAUCCCUCAGCUUGACCAGAUGAGUGGCCCAUUUUUGCCUUUUGCAGUUUGCCCUGUUUUGAGGUGGACUCAUUUGUCCUUUCUAUCAACUCCAGUAUCCCAUGAGUAAUUCGAGCGUACCCUUCGUUUCUGGAACUGGGGAGCAUCACAUUUGUACUGUUCCUCCUAUUGCAAAUUUAUUGUUAGUCACCAAUGAUACAGAUUGUAUCAUUGCCAGUUGUUCUCGCGUUGCUCUGGGUUGUGCUGAAGAGCAGAUAUAUUGAGAAUUUUUCAAAUUAUAUUUAAAUGAAGAGGAACAGGGGCAGGAAAAAGUGUCAUUUCAGCCUCUGUGGCACUGGAAGGCGAUGCGGAGACUCAGAGAUUCCCUCCUUCCCCAUCACUGCAGAACUGUUACCUUUUCUCUGAGCCAUGCAGAGGUUAUCUUCAUCACAUUCUAUCUCUUCACUUCUCAGAGUGUCAUGUGAGGAAGCGUUCUCAGUUAUCUGUGUUUGGAGAUAAUGCUUUCACUUCUUUAAUCUUAUAUCAGAGUCACUAUGACUGGAGAUGAAAGUGUCAAAGACCUGGAAGGGGAAUUCAGAUGGAUCCGAAACACAGUGUGAUCAUUUGGAGUUUAAAUCCCAGGUUCCAUCUAUUGGUAAAGCCACUUCUGGCAAGGUGCCUGGUUUUGUCCUCCAUUAUGGGUAUACUAGGAUACUAAACAUGUUGUAAAUAACAUAACUGAGUAUUGAGAGAAUGCUGAGUGAAGUAUGUUUGAAUGGAUCAGAGAAGAAUGUGAUGGGAGAAUCUCUUGUCCUGAUUCUGAAUAAUCAGAUAUAACCUGCUCUGGAAUUUCACUUCACACUUUCAUUUUCAUGUAUUGUGUCUCUCUGUGAUGUGGGUUUCUAUUUUUCCUGAAGGCUGUUUGGUUACCCAAUUUGAUAUUAGUUCAGUUUGAUAGGAUGUAGCUCAGAUUUACUGAAGAAUUUAAGACAAAUGGCUAUUUGCUAAAGUCAUCAUUUCUCACUUCAGCUUUGCUUUUUCCCCAUCCCUGCAUGAUGACAUGGAGAAAGUUUGAAGGGAGGGAUAGCUCAGU